UCUGUGUGUGUGUGUGUGUGUGUGUGUGUGUGUGAGGAGCCUGUGGGAGUCACAUGACAGAAGAGAGGGGGACCGCGAGGACAGCCUGUACUCACUUGGCCCAUAUCCCUCUGUCUGUCUGUCUGUCUGACACCGUCUGUCUUUCUCUCUGUCUGUCUCCCUGUGCGUCCGUCUGCAGGUCCACGAGUGCCUCUCUCUCUCUCUCUGCCUCUCGCCCGCUCUGUGCUGAGCUGAAGUCUGGCUUCAUUGUUUCAGUCCACUCUCCGCAGGUGUAAAUUGGACAUUGUGUCUUGCUGACAGUCCCCCGCUGGUUCCUUCACUAUCCUGAGUCCCUACAGAGGGAGUGAGGCCCUCAGCUGACCCGACGAACACUCGCUACUGCAGCGUAGCACCACCUCAGCAGCAGUAAGGAGUGACCCCUUCCCCUCUGGUCCCAAUGGCAGACGGUCGGCAACCCGAUGACAGCGCCCCACAGUGGGCUUCCCCAGGAGGGGCCCAGGGCCCCCCGGCCUCUGCUGCUCACGGGGAGAACGGCUUCUCCCCCUCCUACCGGGCGUGCCAGCCCGGAGGUCCCAAGGAGAACGGCUUCAACGGCGACCUGUCCUCUGGACAUGCAGUCACGGCAGAACAAGUGUCAGCACGGAUUGUGCAGGAGGUGACAGCUGAGGCGGUGGCAGUGCUGAAGGGAGAGCAGGAGCUUCAUCCAGGCAGUGCCGUCAGGAUUCCCUCAGUUGAGGACUCUGCCAACCUCCCUCCGUCUCCUCCGCCCUCACCUGCUGCGGAGCACUUUGGACCCCUGGAGCCAGAUGUAGGGGAUGAGGAGGAGGCUGGGCCUCUCCGACGCUUCCAAAAUUCUCGCGAGAGGUGCAAGUUCCUCGCCCCCUCCAUCUCUGUGUCUGUGCCUGAGGAUGACCCCUACCACUCCGACGAGGAGUACUAUGAGCACCCUUUGUUCAGCCCUGAGUGGACGCGGUCUGGCUCUCGCCCCUCAGGGCAGGCCGCCGCAUUUAGACAGAUCGAAGAAGAAGAGACCGUAGAGGCUCUUACAACUGCCGAGGAGGAGGAGGAGGAGAUGGAGGAUUUGGAGGAGUUGGAGUUGGGAAUGGAGGAGGAGGAGGAGGAGGAUACUGCAGCAGCAGCAGCAACAGCAGCAGCUUUUGAGGAGCCAGAGGAGCAGUGGAGUGGGGAGGAACCUGAGCAGGGACCCCAAGCCGAGCUCCUAGAGCAGGCCGAGGUCAUAGGCGAAGCCCAGGCUGAGCCCAGCCUGCAGGCCGUGACUGAGGCGGAGGCAGUUAGUGCCGCCCCGGAAGAAUCAAACGGGAGAAGCGAUGAGUCAGGGUGGGAGGAGAGGCCCGAGGAAGAUUUACUUUCAGCCUUGAAGAUGGAUGCAGAUAAACCUGGCCACGAGAGGACCGCUCCCGCUGGCGUGGACUUCACCGAACUCGAGAGACAGCUGGAGAAUGUUCAAGCAGCUUCUUCAAAUGGCCAGAGUCAUGUGAAAGAAACACCAAAGGUCUCCACCCAGCUACCUGACAGUCUGUCUGAACAGAAGAGUGUGACAAAACAGCUCUCGGCCGAAAUGUCUGAACCAGCCUCUUUGAAGUCUUCAACACAUAAAGAGAAGACAGACGACGAGGAGUUGCGGGCCUUCGGCGGGAAGCACAUAGGGGCCACAGUGAGUGUCCAAUCUUCAGAGAUGUCUUUGAAAAAGAGUCCUGAAGUAAAGGUAAAGGAGGAGAAGCCCAGCGAACCCGUGAAAGACAAGUCUGGCAUGUCUGCUUACUUUGAAACCACAGCCUUGAAGGAGGAUGAAGCUCGAGUGCUGGGAGAGGGCUACUAUGAGCUGAGCACUGCAGGGGAUGAGAAAAAGAGCCCAGCAGCUCCGUCAGCACCUGAGAUCAGCUAUACCAAUCUUGCGCAAGACAAAUCCGUGGAGGACAGCAAAAAGAGCUCCUCAGAGGAGCAAGCAACCCUUCCACCCCUUGAUAGAAGGGAUGAUUGCCGCCUGUCACCUGGAAAGUUGGCUUUGGACCAAAGAAGCUACUCUCUUAACAUCCCUAUUGGAGGAAUGGACCAAGGACGUCCCAGGAACUUCUCACCAUUGGCUACAGAUAUACUGUCAUUUACCAGUGGAAGCCUUGAUGAGUCAGCUGACUACCUUCCAGUCACAACCCCGUCUGUGGAGAAUCUCCCGGCCUUCCCCCCUGUAGGUGUGGAGGUGUCGGCCUCUCCCACCACGCCUCCCUCACCCCCCCAGGCUACUGGCUCUAGUGCGAAGACAAGCCCUCAGACAGGGUCCCCAGAGUCACCCUUCGCUGCUAAGUACCAGUACAAGAAUGGCACAGUAAUGGCUCCUGACCUUCCAGAAAUGCUGGACCUGGCAGGCACCCGCUCAAGGCUGAUGUCUGAGAACACUGACCCAGAUAUCAUGAGAAGGAAGUCCGUACCUGCGGAUGUGUCAGCCCAUGUAAGCGAGUCCUUUGCCCAUUUGAUUCUGGGUGACCAAGGUCAGAAGGCAGCCAGAAGUGAAAGUCAAUUAGAGGAACUGGGAUACUGUGUCUUCAGUGAGUACUCUGGGCCUAUGCCCUCUCCAGCUGAUGUCCACAGCCCUAUGGACUCACCACCACAGAUUUUCACCACAAUGCCAUCUGAAGAGAAGGAAGUCGAGAAGGAGAAGGAAGAGAAGGAAGAGAAGGAAUGCUCUUCUGCACCAGACAAAACGGAUGGGACACGUGACUCGGCUCUGCCUUCCAUAGAUGAAGCUGUAAAGAUGGACAAAUCAGUUGUCUCAGCUGAAAAAGACAGCUUAGAUACAAAGGACAGUAAAGGGAUGGAUGAGGAUGCCAAGACUGCUGAGGUGAAGGACCAGGCUGCUCCCCAAGAGGACAAAACACAGCCAGACAAGCCAGUUGAAACUCUUGUGACACCAAAGGUGAUGGUCACCCUGGACGAGCCAAAGCCUAAUGAAGAGGGGAAUAUUUUAGAGACAGACGCUGAAUUUGCUGUCUACGAGAGACAAAUUCGCAAGCUGGAGAUGGAGGACAGACCACUGAGUGUGGAAGAGGAGCGCGAGCUGCAGGAGUUGAGGGAGAAGGUGAAGAACAAACCAGACCUGGUGCACCAGGAAGCUUAUGAGGAGGUUGAUGCUGAAGAUGUCUACCAGCUAACUGGAGUAGCAAAAGACAGAAUCGCCAGACCCAUCAGGCCAUCUCCAGCAUCCUCCGUCGAGAGCACCACUGAAGAAGAGAAGGGGAGUGCUGGACCAGAGAAACACAAGCAGCCUGAAGGUGGUGAGGCUCCUGUGGCAGAGGCCAAGAAGGUGUCUGCACCAGAGCCAGCGGAGAAGGUCACAAAAGAGGAAAAAACACUCACCCCAGAACCAAAACAGGAAGUUCCAAAAGCCACAGAAAAGACAGUCUCUGAGGUCAAAGCUCAAUCUGUUGUUCCAGCACCUGCAGAAUCUGCUCUGGACUCAACUAAAGUGGCAGUAGUGGCAGAGAAAAAGCAGGAGGAGGUUGAGCUGGGAGAGGAGGUUGAAGUGGCAGAAGAGCCUCAGGAGUUUAUGCAGGAGGCCAAGCCAGAGAAGCCGGUAGAAGUAGAAAAUACAUCUCCAGAGCUGCCUGAGAAGGUUGAGCAAGGCAAAGACAAACAGGAGGAAGAUGGAGAGGCACUCGAAGGGGCUGGGGCACUGGCAGAAAAAGCUGUGGAACCUCGAGCUGCCAUUGAGUCUAUAGUGACCGUCGAGGAUGAUUUCAUCACGGUGGUCCAGACCAUCGAUGAGGGUGAGGAGCCAGUGCACAGUGUCCGCUUCUCGGCCCCUCCCCAGGAGGAACCCCCCCAGGCUGCACAGAGGCUUCAGGAGGCCGAAGAAGAAGAUGAGGAGGGAGAUUCAUUGGAGAUGGCGCAGGAGGUGGAGAUGGAGGCGCCCAGCCUGGAGGAGGUACCAGAUGUUCCAGAGGCAGCUGAGACCCCGGUGCUUCCCGCAAAGGAACCAGAGGUGGUGACAGAGUCCGAGGUGCCAACCGAGAGCUAUGAUGACUACAAAGAUGAGACAACCAUGGAUGACUCCAUCUUAGACAGCUCCUGGGUGGACACCCAAGCAGAUGAUGACAAAAGCAUGGCCACAGAGAGAAUCGAGCCUCCUCCCAAAAUGCGAAGCCCACUCAAGAAACCAGCAGUGGAGAAGCCGGCUAAGCAAAAGACCAAGCAGGGCGGCCGGGUAAAGGGGCGCGUCUCCACUCCGGAGCGCAAACCUGUGCGCAAAGAGCCGCUGCCCAUCCCAAGGGAAGACACCAGGAAGAAAAAAGCUAUCAUUAAGAAGGCUGAGUUCCCCAAAAAAUCUGAAAUUCAGACACGCUCUCCCUCCCGCAAGAGUGCUUUAAAACCCGCUGUCAGACACCCUAGACCUGCCCAACACUACGCCUGUGUUAAACGGAGACCCACAGUCUCAGCAGAUGGACGCCAGCCCAUCAGCGUGGCCAGACACUCACGGGACAGGACCUCUCCUCCCACCCACCCCUCUAUCUCCCAGAUCCCUACCCCCGCCUCACUAACAAAGAUCCCCAAAUCCCGAGUGGCCGCCCUGCUCCCCCCUCGGCCCAACUCCGCCUGCUCCAACACCAUCAAGAACCUCCAGAUGGAGGCGGAUGGGUUCGGGCCCCGGCCCUGGUCGGCUGGAGCCCGCGACUCCCCCGUGCAGAACAGACUCAUGGGAAAGGACGGUGGUUCCAGGAGCCCAGAGAAGAGGUCAUCUCUGCCGCGGCCGGCCUCCAUCCUGAGCCGACGCCACCACCCGGCUGAGCAUGAGGAGAGCUCCACCUCCAUCACCAGCUCCGGAUCUACAGCUCCCCGCAGGCCCACAUCGUUCCGCACUGAGUUCAGAUCCGAGUAUAGGACGGGAAGGGCUCACAGCGUGGCUGGUAGGACGGAGUCGAGCCGCUCCGAGUCGGCCCGCUCCCGCUCGGCCCGCAGUGGCACGUCCACCCCGCGCACGCCUGGCUCCACAGCCAUCACCCCCGGGACUCCGCCCAGCUACUCCUGCCGCACCCCCGGCACCCCGGGCACGCCCCGCACGCCCAAGUCCCUCAGUCUGCUGUCCGGCGAGAAGAAGGUGGCCAUCCUCCGCACACCGCCCAAGUCCCCCGCCACCACACCCAAGCAGCUGCGGGUCAUCAACCAGCCCCUCCCUGACCUCAGAAACAUCAGGUCCAAGAUUGGCUCCAUCGACAACAUCAAGUAUCAGCCCAAGGGGGGGCAGAUUCAGAUUUUAAACAAGAAGCUGGACUUCAGUCACGUACAGUCAAAGUGCGGAUCCAAGGAUAAUCUGAAGCAUUCCCCCCGUGGAGGCAAUGUUUUCAUUCCUAGCGUAAAACUGGACUUUAGCCACGUCAGGUCAAAGUGUGGCUCCCUGGACAAAGUGCAGCAUGCGGCAGGCGGCGGGAACGUCCAAAUCCAGUCCAAGAAACUGGACUUAAGUCACGUGACUUCCAAGUGUGGUUCACUGGACAACAUUCGCCACCGGCCAGGAGGUGGGAAUGUACGCAUUGAGAAUGUGAAGCUGGACUUCAAAGACAAAGCCCAUGCUAAGGUGGGCUCCCUUGAUAAUGCCCAGCAUGUUCCCGGAGGAGGUCAUGUAAUGAUCGAGAGCCACCGGCUCACAUUCCGCGAUUCCGCGAAGGCACGCACAGACCACGGAGCCGAGAUUGUGACCCAAUCACCUGACGGGACCUCCCCCCAUCGCCACAGCCACAUGUCGUCCUCGGGCAGCAUCAACCUGAUGGAGUCCCCGCAGCUAGCCACGCUGGCCGAUGACGUCACCGCCGCCCUGGCCAAGCAGGGGCUGUGAGCGCCCGGCCGAGCGCCUUCUGCCCCCCCCCCCCCACUCUGUGCUCCCCGUCCACUGGGCAGACACUGCGCCCCCCCCCCCCCACUUAUGGUUCUACUUUACCCCUAUCAGCAGCACUCUCUUCUCUCUCCCUCAGCCUCACAGCCUCAUCUAGCCAGGAGCGCCACUCCCAACGUUUGGAAGAUGGUGGCCCCUCCGUCCUCAAAUUCACCCCCUCCUGCACAGCGCACAUCCACCUACUGGGACCGUAGUGACUCUAUUUAAUUAAACAAAAUACAACAUGGAAGCAAGUGGAAGAAGAAGAAGGGAAAACAAAUACACAGACACCGUACAGUUUUGUCUAUUUUAUUUUUUCUUCAAUUUCCAAGGUAGAUUAGAAAGUGCCAGUGCUUUUCCUGUUUGACUCCUUUUCUGUUUGACUUUUUUAAUGGUGUGUACAGAUAGUGGCCUGAAGCUCUGGUCCCAGAUCGGCUCUAGCUGUUUGCACAAAGUAGUUCAAGUAGGAUCAGGAACGGGAUUGGCUGACCUCUGGUCAGCUUCAGAACAGCCUUUUCUACAACAGGCAGGAAGUGAUGCGGCCAUUCCAUGCAGCUUGCAUUCUUCUGCUUGGUCAGUGCAUGGACUUGAAACACACACCCCAGCAGCAAGUCAUGCUCAUCAAACCUCCCCAGUACGAUAUAAACUAUAGCUAUACAACAUGUGUAUAAAUAUACCAGCUCCUCAUUAGCAAUUUCAAUCGAUUUUAAAAAUAAGCAGUCACUCAAAAAGUCACCUAUACCUGUAAAAUUGCAUCACUGCAAAAAAGAGAGAUGAGAUUAUGGUAUGAUGAGCAUGUGUCAAUUCUCGUUCAAAAAGAAGGCUAUUUUGUAUUUUCAAAGAAUUUUAGUAGGUUAUUCCCUCAAUCAUUGGAUUAAAAUGAGCAUUUGAGCAUUUCACAUAUUUUGUAGAUUAGUGGCAAUGUUAUGCUUGUCAAUUGUCAACUGCAAUGGUUGGCCAAGGGUCUCUCUUUCUCUCUCUGUCUCUCUCCAGACAAGGCUCUGAAUCUGGCUGUAAGCAUCACUGUAUGUGAUUGUGAACAUACUGUAGAGCUAUGUUAUUCUCUCAUGCACUGUCUGACCCGGUGCCAUCACACACCCGCCUACUGUAGCUGAGUGACCUUUAAGAGGUCCAGGGAUACCUUACACACCCUGAAGUGCGUCAGCUCAACAUCACAGGGGCUAGUGGGAGUCCUUGACACACUUCUCAGAUGUAGGUCUGGGGUCAGCUGAGAAUGGACCCUAUGGGCCUGUGGUGGUCGGGGUAACCUUUUCUCUGAUGGAGCUGUGGUCAUUAUUUAAACGGAUUGACUUGGGUGCAGAGUGCAGCUACUCUGGGCACUGGUGUUGUGUUACAGACCCUGUGUUUUGCCAUGUCACAUUUGGAUGCUAUAACGUUUUUUUAUGUGCUGGAUAAACUAAAAAGGGACAAAAAGUAUGAAAAAAUAUGAAAAAGCGUCAUUUCAAAAAGCAUACAUAAAAACAGAAAACUCAACCAUCUCUUGCAAUUGUUUCAUAAAGUGCUCCAGUAUAAAUAUUUUGAUUUCUCUCUCUCUCUCUGUCGUUAUUUGUGGUAUUCCAACCCCUCCGGAUCCCCUGAUGUUUGUUAGCUUCUGUGUUUCUCUGCACCCCAAGCCUUGCCCUUCCCCAUCUCCAAUCUACCCUCCUCCCCCACAGCAACUGUAAAUGUAUUUAAAAGUCAUGUAGAUGUUUGCUGUUUUUCUCUUGUUGAUAUGAUACCGAUUACAAAUGCUCAUAUGAUUAUGACAGUAAAUAAAAAUAAAAAAAACACAUGGAAACAAA